AUGGUAGCAAGAAACGGUCAGGUUGUGAUGACGAUUCUCAAGGCCCGUUUUGGAAGCGAUGUCCGAAAGACACCUCUUCAUCAUGGAAAUGAUCUCACCUUGAACGAUCUGACCCUAAUGCUACAACGAAUCUUCAAAAUCGGUUCCGUUGCAGGGCUGUUAAUUCAUAAUCUCUUCUGGACUGUAUUGGAUUCGCUGCAAUUCUGGCUCCUUCAAGAUCAUUUGUUGGUGGAGCGCUGGCAGCGCUUCAUAUGGAAAAGUUAG